GGCUGUCUCGAGGAAUGCGGUCGCCCCCUUGGGAAAGUACAUAUCUGGGAGCAGCAGGCGGCUCCGCGCUCGCACUCCGGCUCGGCCGCCCCACCGCGCACUCGUCUCGCCGCUCCCGCCGCAGCCCCAGGGCCCCUCGCCGCCGCCACCAUGGACGCCAUCAAGAAAAAGAUGCAGAUGCUCAAGCUCGACAAGGAGAACGCCUUAGAUCGAGCCGAGCAAGCCGAAGCCGAUAAGAAGGCGGCGGAGGACAGGAGCAAGCAGCUGGAAGAUGAGCUGGUGUCGCUGCAAAAGAAACUCAAAGCCACCGAAGAUGAACUGGACAAAUACUCCGAGGCUCUCAAAGAUGCCCAGGAGAAGUUGGAGCUGGCAGAGAAAAAGGCCACGGACGCUGAAGCCGACGUAGCUUCUCUGAACAGACGCAUCCAGCUGGUUGAGGAAGAGUUGGAUCGUGCCCAAGAGCGACUGGCAACAGCUUUGCAGAAGCUGGAGGAGGCCGAGAAGGCCGCAGACGAGAGCGAGAGAGGCAUGAAAGUCAUUGAAAGUCGAGCCCAAAAAGACGAGGAGAAAAUGGAAAUUCAGGAGAUCCAACUGAAAGAGGCCAAGCACAUCGCUGAAGAUGCCGACCGCAAGUAUGAAGAGGUGGCCCGUAAGCUGGUCAUCAUUGAGAGUGACCUGGAACGCGCGGAGGAGCGGGCCGAACUCUCGGAAAGCCAAGUCCGACAGCUGGAAGAACAAUUAAGAAUAAUGGAUCAGACCUUGAAAGCAUUAAUGGCUGCAGAGGAUAAGUACUCGCAGAAGGAAGACAAAUAUGAGGAAGAGAUCAAGGUCCUUUCUGACAAGCUGAAGGAGGCCGAGACUCGGGCUGAGUUUGCAGAGAGGUCAGUAACUAAAUUGGAGAAAAGCAUUGAUGACUUAGAAGACGAGCUGUACGCUCAGAAACUGAAGUACAAAGCCAUCAGCGAGGAGCUGGACCACGCUCUCAACGAUAUGACUUCCAUGUAAAUGUUCAUCCACCCUGCCUGCUCACAUCCGUGCCCUCACGCUAAUACGAUAAACUCACCACUGCUCCCUUCUCUACUUCCAGAAGCUCUGUCUUCACGCCUUUCUGUUUAUUCUCUGCAUCACCUAGGAUAGUUGGUUUUUGCUCACAUUCUACUAAUAGAAAAACCAAGCAGAUUCAGUCUGUCUGUACAAAUCAUUUUCCUUUCAGAAUCUGUUUCUUUCACAAUCUCUGAGCUAGAUGGUUCCCACCAAGCAGUGAACUAAAAUAGGACGGACUCGAGGGCUGCCAUUUUAGGUAAACUAGGCUCAAGUAAAAUUAAAAGGCCAUACGUAUAAUUUGAGGAACUUCCCGGAGAUGUCAAAAAGGAACCCAAAAGUGUCCGGUUACUGAUGAACUGAGAGGAAAUUGAUCUGGUACAGCCUAAGGAAUGGUGCUGUGAGAGAUCAUCUCUUCCUUGCUUUUAAGAAUUCUGGAGAGAAAUGGUUCAUCUGCUGAAUACUAGAGCCUUUAAUUUUCUGUGUUUAGUUAAAAGGAAUUGAAAUAUUCACAAUGAGCACCACAGUUGGUGUCAAAGAAUUGGGAAAUAAAACUCUGAUUGCCUGGUAUGAGUUGGGAGUUCAUGACCCAACUUAACUGUGUGAGGCAGUGAGAGUUGAAGUAGAUCCCGUGUUCUCAUGAGAACUCUGAGCACACACAACUAAUCCGCAUAUUGCUAACCAGACCCAAGCAUCCUUCUUCUCUUUAAACUCUAACCUGGAGCUUUCCACAGAGGGUUCCCUUCAUUCUAAUAAUAUGGCACUGAAAUCCAUCUAACCUGGAAAUUUCCAGACCCACCCAUGCAGGAAAAUGGUUGCCUGAAGGGUAUGGCCCAUGCCUGCCACGUCACAGGUUUUAGAACCUCCACAUCACCAUGAGGGAGACUGAUUGUCCCCGUGGAAAGUAGAGAGAAUUCCAUCCUCCCUUCCCUCAUUUGUAAAUGUGGGAGUGAGUCAGAACCUCUGUCUAUAAGGUCUCUUCCAAUGCUAAAAUGUGAUUCUAGAGGGGAAUCACCGCGUAUGAUUAACUAUUCUGAAAGGUGGGUUAGCUUAAAGCCUUAAACUCUGUUCUUGGGCCUUCUCAGCAACGGCCCCUGACGCAGAGGGGCGCGUGCUGGCCUUGGGUCCUGACGCUGGUGGGUGAGGAUGGACAUCCUCCUGCAGGUGCGGCUGGCAGCGGGUUUGCAUGUCUGCUUCUGGCGUGUGUGUCAAGUGCUGCUUGCCUCUGUUAGUUUGGUUUUCCUUUUACCAUUGUGCCACUUGUUUUCUUUUUCUCCCACCUUUUCUCCUCAUGCAGAUAAGUUUCUUUGCUUCACUUCUCCCGAGACCCCUUCAUCAAGCUGGCUGUCCCACCUCUCUGAGCUCUGCAGUCUGUCUCUUCUCCAGCUGACCUGGCUCGUUCCUUUAGCCUCCAGCCUAAGGGCCAGGCACACUGCUUUCCAUUGUACAGAAGCUCCUCGUUUCAGUGUCAAAUAAACACUGUG